GGGGCUGUUCCGUUUUCCUAGUAAAACCCCUGAAAAAAGGGGGAAACCGUCCCUACGGGUAGCUCCACCCCCGACCCCCCAAACCGCCGCGCUCCACCUUUCAGACCCCCCGCAGCAGGGACUGAAACUUCUUCUUCUUCUUCUUUUUUUUUAAUUUUUUUUUUUGGGGUUAAAUUUUUGGGAAUCGCACUAAAAACACAAGGAAAUACUGACGACGCUGGGGGUUUCCACACAGCAGAUCCUCGGGGAUUACAAUAAACCAGGGCAAUGGAUAACUUCUUCACAGAGGGUGAUCGGGUGUGGUUACGGGAGGAUGAGCAGUGCCUGCCCUGCACCGUGUCCUCGUGCUCUGGGGGGGUGGUCGCCUUCGCCACAGACUACGGCCAGGUGUACACCUACAAGCAGAAUGCCCUGAGCAGACAGAAGGUGCAGCCCAUGCACCACAGCAGCAACAGGGGGGUGGAGGACAUGGUGGCGCUCGAGGACCUCCACGACGGCGCAAUCAUGCACAACCUCUUCCUGCGCUACCAGCAGAGACACAUCUACACCUACAUCGGCUCCAUCCUGGCGGCGGUGAACCCUUACCAGCCGCUCCCCGGCCUGUACGAGCGGCCGGCCGUGGAGCUCUACAGCCGACACCACCUCGGAGAAAUCUCCCCGCACAUCUACGCCGUGGCCAACGAGUGCUACCGCUCGCUGUGGAGGAGGCUGCAGAACCAGUGUGUCCUGAUCAGCGGAGAGAGCGGCGCUGGGAAGACAGAAAGCACCAAGCUGAUCCUGAAGUUCCUGUCGGCCAUGAGCCAGCACUCCCUGGAGGUCUCGUCCAGAGACAGGACGUCCUAUGUGGAGGAGGCGCUGCUGGAGAGCAGUCCCAUCAUGGAGGCCUUCGGGAACGCCAAGACCGUCUACAACAACAACUCCAGCCGCUUUGGGAAGUUUGUCCAGCUGCAUUUCAGCCAGAAGGGCAACAUCCAGGGAGGCCGAAUCACUGACUACCUUUUGGAAAAGAACCGAGUGGUUCGGCAGAACCCGGGAGAGAGGAACUACCACAUUUUCUACGCCCUGUUGGCCGGAACCAACGCGCAGCAGAGAGAGGCGUUUGGGUUGAGCCAGCCUGACAGCUACCAUUACCUGAGACAGUCCAGCUGCGUCGCUGAUAAGACGAUCAACGACCACGGCACCUUUCAGGAUGUUCUGAAUGCAAUGCGAACGAUGCAGUUCACAGAGGAGAACAUCGGGGAGAUCCUGCGCCUCCUGGCCGCGAUCCUGCAGGCGGGGAACAUCGAGUUCAUGACGGCCGGAGGAGCCCAGGUCUCCUCCAAAUCAGCAGCUCUCAGCCGGACGUCCGACCUGCUGGGGCUGACCCCAGAUCAGCUCGCCGAAGUCCUGACCCACCGGUCCAUGAUCCUCAGGGGCGAGGAGAUCUGCACCCCGCUCACUGUGGAACAGGCAGUGGACUCCAGGGACUCCAUGGCCAUGGCACUUUACUCUCAGUGUUUCAACUGGAUCAUCCGCAAGCUCAACAACCGCAUCAGGGGCAAAGAAGACUUCAAAUCCAUCAGCAUCCUCGACAUCUUUGGAUUCGAGAACUUUGAGGUCAACCGCUUUGAGCAGUUCAACAUCAACUAUGCAAAUGAGAAGCUUCAGGAAUAUUUUAACAAGCACAUUUUCUCCCUGGAGCAACUUGAAUACAACAAGGAAGGCCUGGUUUGGGUCGACAUCAACUGGAUGGACAACGGAGAGUGUCUGGAUCUGAUUGAGAAGAAACUGGGUCUCCUGGCACUGAUGAAUGAGGAGAGUCACUUCCCCAAAGCCACAGACGACACCUUACUGGAGAAACUCCACAACCAGCACUCAAAAAACUCGUUCUAUGCGAAACCACGCGUUGCCGUGCACAACUUCGGAGUCAGGCACUAUGCAGGAGAGGUGUUGUACGACGUGAGGGGGAUGUUGGAGAAAAACAGAGACACUUUCAGAGACGACAUCCUCAACCUGCUGAGGGAGAGCAGGUUGGACUUUGUCUACGAUCUGUUUGAACACGUGUUGAGCCGAAACAAACAGGACACCCUGAAGAGCACCAAGCACCGACGGCCCACAGUCAGCUCCCAGUUCAAGGAUUCUUUGCACUCCCUGAUGGCCACACUCAGCACUUCCAACCCCUAUUUCGUUCGUUGCAUCAAACCAAAUACACACAAGAUGCCUGACCAGUUCGACCAGACGUUGGUUCUGAACCAGCUCAGAUAUUCUGGCAUGUUGGAGACGGUCAAGAUUCGACGCACCGGCUUCCCCAUCCGGAGACCUUUCCAAGACUUCUGCUCCAGGUACAAGGUGUUGAUGCGGGGCGUGAUGAAGGCGGAGGACCCCAAGGGGAGCUGCCUCCAGCUGCUGCACCUCUACGACAGCAGCAGUUCAGAGUGGCAGCUGGGAAAGACCAAGGUUUUUCUUCGGGAGUCUCUGGAGCAUCGCCUGGAGAAGCAGAGGGAGAUGGAGGUGCUGAGAGCAGCCAUGAUCAUCCAAGCCCACGUCAUGGGCUACAUGGCCAGGAAGCAAUACAGGAAGCUGCUGCACUGCAUUGUGGUCAUUCAGAAGAACUAUCGGGCUUUCUACUGGAGGAGGAAGUUCCUGCUCCUCCGCUGGGCAGCGCUCACCUUCCAGAAACGUGUGCGAGGCCAGCUGGCCCGCCAGGCUUUCAGCCAGCUGCUGGAGGAGAAGAAGAGGAGGGAGGAGGAGGAGCGCUGCAGGAGGAUGGAGGAGGAGAUGGAGAGGGAGAGACGGAGGCUGGAGGCGGAGAGACUCGCCAGGGAGCACGUGGAACGGCGCGGUGCUUUUAAAAAAGACGAGCCCUCCUGUGGUUUGGGAAAGCAGGAGGCUCUGAAGCAGGGCUGGCUGCACAAGAAAGGAGGGGGCUCAUCGACGCUGUCUCGCCGGAACUGGAAGCGCCGCUGGUUCGUGCUGCGGCAGAGCAAGCUCAUGUACUUUGAGAAUGACGGCGAGGACAAGAUGAAAGGGGUGCUGGAUAUGCAUAACGCAAAAGAAAUCAUUGAUAACACCGGGAAGGAGAAUGGAAUCAACAUCGUGAUGCCAGAGAGGACUUACCACCUGAUCGCUGAGUCGGCCGAGGAUGCCAGCCAGUGGUUCAGCGUGCUGAGUCAGGUCCACGGUUCGACAGAACAGGAGAUCAGAGAGAUGCACGAUGAGCAGGCCAACCCCCAGAAUGCUGUGGGCACGUUGGAUGUGGGGAUGAUCGAUUCAGUCUGUGCAUCAGAUAAUCCGGAGAGGCCGAACUCCUUCGUCAUGAUCACGGCGAACCGCGUGCUGCACUGCAACGCCGACACGCCCGAGGAGAUGCACCACUGGAUCACUCUGCUGCAGCGCUCCAAGGGAGACACGCGCGUCGACGGCCAGGAGUUCAUCAUCCGAGGCUGGUUGCACAAAGAGAUGAAGAACAGCACCAAAGCCUCGCUGAAGCUGAAGAAGCGCUGGUUCCUGCUUACCCACAAUUCCCUGGACUACUAUAAGAGCUCCGAACGUAACGCCCUGAAGCUGGGAACGCUGGUGCUGAACAGUCUCUGCUCGGUGAUCCAGCCGGACGAGAAGGUCUUCAGAGACACCGGCUACUGGAACGUGAUCGUGUACGGCCGUAAACACUCGUACCGUCUCUACUGUAAGCUUCUGAACGAGGCCACGCGUUGGGCCACCGCCAUCCAGAACGUCAUCGACGCCAAAGCUCCCAUCGACACGCCCACCCAGCAGCUGAUCCAGGACAUCAAGGAGAACUGUCUGAACUCGGAGGUGGUGGAGCAGAUCUACAAGAGGAACCCCAUCCUCCGCUACAGCCACCACCUGCUGCACUCACCGCUGCUGCCACUGCCCUACGGAGACAUCCACCACACCGCUUUGAGAAGCCGAAGCUACACGACGCUGCAGGACGAAGCCCUCAAAGUGUUCAGCUCUCUGCAGCACCUGGAGGGCGUGGCCGACCCGGUGCCCAUCAUCCAGGGCAUCCUGCAGACCGGCCAGGAGCUCAAACAGCUGCGGGACGAGCUCUACUGCCAGCUGGUGAAGCAGACGACGCGGCCGCAGCAGCCCGGCAGCCCCGCGAACCUCUGCAGCUGGAAGAUCCUGGCCUGCAUGUCCUGCACCUUCAUCCCCACCAGGAGCAUCCUCAGAUACCUCAAGUUCCACCUGAAGAGGACUCGAGAGCUCUUCCCCGGCUCGGAGAUGGAUCGUUACGCCGCCUUUGCCCUCGACUCCCUUAAGAAGACUCGAGCCCGGGAGAACAUCCCGUCCCAGGAGGAGAUCCGUGCCAUCGUUGCCCAGCAGGACAUGAGCACCACCGUCCAUUGCCACGGAGGAGGCUCCUGCAAGAUCACCAUCAACUCACACACAACAGCCGGAGAGGUGGUGGAGAAGCUGAUCCGAGGCCUGGCCAUGGAGGACAGCAGGAACAUGUUCGCCCUGUUUGAACAGAACGACACCACAGAGAAAGCCAUCGAGAGCCGCACGGUGGUGGCCGACGUGCUCGCCAAGUUUGAAAAGCUUUCAGCCAGCCAAGACGAAAACAACACGGGCUGGAAGUUUUACUUCAAGCUCUACUGCUUCUUGGACACAGACAACGUUCCCAAAGACAGCGUGGAGUUUGCCUUCAUGUUCGAACAGGCCCACGAAGCGGUCAUUCGCGGUCAGUAUCCGGGCCCUGAGGAGACGCUUCAGUUCCUGGCUGCCCUCAGACUGCAGUACCUCCAGGGAGAUCACAGCUCCCAGGCCACCAUCCCCGAGCUGUCCCAGGUGUUCCCCAUGGCGCGGUUGCGGGCCCGCGUGCAGAACUCUGCCAAGACGUUCGCUCCGGGCUCUGGCUCGGUGGCCGACCGCUCGGGGACUUCGGAGAGGAAGCGCUCGAGCUUCCUGGAGGGAACGCUGAGGCGGAGCUUCAGGAGCGGCUCGCUGAGUCGGCAGAAGCUGGAGGAGGAGAACAGCCUGGAGGCGUGGAUGAGGGAGGAGGCGGCGGCCGUGAGAACCAGCGUGAUGGACAAGUGGAAGAAGCUGCAGGGGAUGAACCAGGAGCAGGCCAUGGUCAAAUACAUGGCUGUGGCGAAGGAGUGGCAGGGAUACGGAUCCACGCUGUUCAACGUGGAGUGUCGGGACGGAGCUUUCCCCUUCGAACUGUGGUUGGGCGUGAGCCGGGAGGCGAUAUCGGUGUACAAACGAGGAGAGCCCUGGCCUCUGGAGGUUUUCCCGUAUGAACAGAUUCUCUCCUUCGGCGCUCCGCUGGCCAACGCCUACAAGAUCGCCGUUGAGGGCCGAGAGCUGGUCUUUGAAACGCAAAUGGUCAUGGACAUCGCCAAGCUGAUGAAGGCCUACAUCAGCAUGAUUGUCAAAAAGCGCUACAGCAACUGUCAGUCCGUCAGCAGCCAGGGCAGCCAGUGUACCGCCUGGUGAACACCGCCCUUUAACCUUUUGCCUCAUGGCAGCUUACCGCGGUGCCACACAGCGUCGAGCGUGGUCGCAGCGGGCCGUGAAUGGACGCCCAUCCACUGCGCUCUGGCGAAAGCAGCUCGUACAUUUGACAUGUCAGACUGACUCUGUGAAUGGUGACGACAAACCAAAAUGCUCUUAAUGUUAACUAGCUCACGUACUUUUUGGGGGUUUUAUUCCAAAACAAUAAACAGCCACUUCUGAUAGAUCAGAACCGUAAAAGAAACACAGUGAGCUACAAUUUCAAGCCGGGAGAACCAGUUUUUUAGAUGUAGUAUGAACCAUUUGAACAGUGUCUCAGGUCAAAGACAACAACUACAAGACUAAACCGUUUGAAUCAGAUGUCUUUGGUUGCCAGCUUUUUCAACCUCUCUCCAAUCAAACAAGCUACUUGACUCAUGUAACUUUUACACUGACAACACCACAAGCUGACAUUACUUACAGUGCCUGGGUUAUAGGUUUGGGUUUAGAGUUAAUCCUAAUCCUAAUUAUCAAAGGGGCAAAAACAUAUACAUUUACCUCAGUGUCCUUUUUAAUAAGUAUAGUAACAUUUCAUUCAUUAGUUUGCCUCCUGAAGCCAAGAUGGGCUCAUAAACCUUGACACUAAGGUUACACAGACUCAGAAAUGACAUGUCAAGGAAAAGCUCAUUGUGGAACUGGCUCUAGUGGCUGGAACUCUGCACCAAGGCUGAAUUUUGGAAAAUAGACUUCAGAUACAGUAUUAGGGGACCACUAAGGUCUAUAUAAAAGAGACUUGAGAUACAGGAUCAGGGACCACUAAGGUCUAUCUAAAAGCCUCCAAAGAGCACCAUGUCAUGGGACCUUUAACAAAUGCAUGUAAAGGAUGGUCUGAGAUAACACAAUGUUGUGUUCAACAGCAAUAACCCAGAUAUUUAUCCAUGUAUCUAAGUCCAAUAUCAAAAUAUAACUGCAUCAAAAUCAAGUGGCCCAUAGCAUCAACAAGAACAAAUGAAAUGAAGGCUGUUAAUUUAGUCAUUUGACGACACAAAUAUACACAAUUUAUCCAAAUGUUCCUCUGAUGCCUAGUGGACUCCUGAUAUAGCUAAUGCAACAAAUACAACUUUUCCACUGUUUUUCAAACCAAAGACGGUUUAGCACAACCUUAUCUUCUCAACCAGUUCUCAUUUAGUCCAAGUUUUCUCCACAAGUGGGGAUGUGUCUUGUUUUGGAAUAAAACUGUUAAUUUCUACCUGAUGCUAAUGUACUGUGACAACACAAGGACUGUUGUUGCAGGAUGGGGCUAUUUGUUACUGAGGUUUUUGUUUGUGUGGCUGUGUCUGUGUGUGAGUUUUAAGAGGCGUGUGUCUAUGUGUCAAAACGUAAAAAAAAACAACUAAAGAAAAGCAGAGAAGAUGAAGAAAAUAGUUAAAAGACUUUUCCUCUGCUUUGGAGAACUCUGGAACUUGACCUAUACAGACUUUAUCCAGGAUGAUCUGUUCACUGUAAAUAGUAUGCGACUGUACUCAUCUUAAGCAUUUCAGGUUUGUGAUUGAUUGUUUUGGAUUGAUUUGCUGAUAAGGUCACACAAGUGCCUGUUUCAACUAAAGCAGGAAGAACUACACUAAAAUCUGAUUUUGUCUUAUCGAUGCCACUCUUGUUCCAGAAUCUGGAAGGUGCUCCCAUGUUCCCUUUAUGUACUUUUGCACUGCAGAAUCUGUCCAGCUACGCAAGUCAUUCAAGCUAAACUCAAAAAUGGUUUUCUUGUAACAAAUCACAUCAGUUUGUUGAUAGCGAAGGCAUACGUCAUAACAUCCCUGCAGCCGUAGUUUUCUGCGUAAGCCCCGUGAACUCGUUGCAACGUGCCAGUGAUCUGCCUCAGAUUGGACGCUGUUCACUCCCGAAAAGCAGCAAUUUUAUCACAUUCACGCUCUAAAUCAAGGCGCCCCAGUGCUGUAGCUUGACUAGUUCUUAGCCAAAUUGAAAGCAAUGAAUGACAAAACUAAUACGGCUACAAGACACUGGAGAGAGGAAAUCUUUCCUGCAAGAUGAUGUGGAUUGGCCAAAAUCUAACUUCCCUGUCUGAUUAUUAAGUCCAUAAACAGUUUGUCAGUUAAUUAUUUAGAAAAUGUAAUAUAUUGCUAAAUAAAACUACAUUUCACCCACUCUUAAUUUUAGCCAGGAACUUGGUAAAAAACAUUGUUUUCAAGUCACUAAACAACUGGUUGCUAUUAAAAAGUCACCUACUUAAUGUACUUCAAUAUUAUUUUUCGUAAUGUUUGGAGAGUUCUGAGAAAAAGUAAAAAACCUGCAUACCAGGAUAUAAAUAAUCAGUCCUUGUUUGCUACGCUACAUUGUCUCCCUUUGCCAGACCCUCCUCCAAAGUAAGCCCGAGGGGUGUCUGGCUACCCCUGCACUAGCUACUAUAGUCUAGCUAACUGUCUGGAUACUUUGCAGAUUUCUGAGGAGCAGUUAACCAUAGUCCUCAGAAAUCCAUUGGAGUUUAAAAUGCAGACACAAAGGAAGCCCAAGGCAACGAAUAUCCGACCUAAAUGAGUAAAGUCCGCAAAGCAACGGAGCAAUCCCGGAAGUGAAACGUCAAGGAUAUAGACUACCUCUACGUUACUGCUUUACCGCACCUGUAAGCACUUAAAAAUGCACAAAAGCCUCAAAAUAUGACUGAAAGACAGUCUUUUUGGUCAAAACCUUCCAGAUGAAGCAUGUUAUUGUCUGCUAUGUGUGGCUUUUAAACCAUACGCAAUGACCCUUUAAGUAAGUCAAACUGAAAGGGUUGAAACGUUACGGGAUCUAAGUGCUGGAUUUUAUCAGAUUUCAGUUUGGAUGACUUGCUCAGCUGCACUUUUUGCAGCGUAACAUUCCUACAACAUUUCACUGGAGCUCCGCAGGCGGCAGAUCCCUCCAAAGAUGCGUGUGCAGGUUUCUUCCACAGUGCCUUGUUGUAUAUUAUGUACACUUAUUUUGUUUUCCACGUGUGGUUUCUUUUUGGUAUAAUGUGCAAUGUUAUAUAAAUAUAUAUAUAUGAUAUAAUCACGCGGCUGUACAUUUUAUACUGUAAGUCUUUGCCUGAUGAUCACAUGGAGAUUUUCUCAAGAUUAAAAAUCUUGUUUUUGUAUUUUUCUCUACGCAGCAUCUGUUGUAUACUAUUGUUGUAUCUUGUUUCUUUUAAAUCUGCAUUAGCUGUGUUAUGUAUUGAAAGGAUGAUUCUAACAAUAAAUGAUUACACAUUGGGUCUG